AUGACAAACAGUAUAUUUGUCGCGCAAACAUUCAAUGGUGAAAAGAUGGUGAAUGCUAAUCAAGGAAACAGAAAAGCAGCCUCAUCUGCCAAUGUCAGUCCUUCUACGCCUCAUAACACUAAUACAACACCUAUUGCACCACAUCCCCCUGUGAACACGUCUCCUUCAUCAAAAGACAAAAACUGCCAAGGUAAAAAUCAGAUAAAGGUAAAACCACAACCUCGUCCAUACAAGUAUCAAUACUGGUCUGAAGCCAAUGUGGCUGUCUUGAUUCAACUUCAUCGCAAACACUACAGUGGUCUCUCCAGUGAAGACACGCACAAGUCCAAAGCGGCCUGGACAAUCCUAACCACCGAAUACACAAGCAUCACAUCAGAUCAACGUACACUACCUGACAUAAAGCAGAAAUGGGAUCAGUUGUUGGCUAAAUACAAUGCAGAACGUGCCUGUCUGAUGAUGCAACACCGUCAAUCAGGUCUUCAACAACCUCUGCCUGUUGUUUCUUACUGGAACCAUUUCCAAUACAUGGAUCUCUAUUUGAGCCAUUUACCUGUGCCUGAGAAUGCAUUAGACUAUGAUGAAGAUAGUGUUCAAUCUCAUAAACGUAAACGAGAAGAGACAGAGGAAGGACAUUCUGUGAUCAAGCAUUUACUAGACACACAGCAAAUGUUUAUGGAACAAUCAAUGAACAGACAAGAAGCACAAAUACAGAUGAUUAAAGACAACUAUGAAUCCAUGACACGAAUGAAUAUGCGCUAUGUUGACAUGUGUGAGCGACUGACCAAUAAGACACAAGCCAAUGAAGACAGAUACAUGAGUUUAUUGGAUAAAAUAUCAAGUCUAGAGAAACAGAUAACCAAGUAA